CGACGAAAAGAGAAGAGGACGCCUCCGCCCUCCGCCCUCCGUCCUCCGUCCUCUGCUUCUGCUCCUCCCCUAUUUAACCCGUCUCCAUCGGCCAUUGCCCGCUCUUCCUCCCGAAGUCGCCGGGAGCCACACGCAUUCCCCUGCCUCGCGCUCCCAUCGCUGUCCUCACCCCCCCUCCCCGCCUAUUUACCGCCCGUGUCGCCCCCCGCCGCACGCCUUCCGAGCCCCCGUGCCUGCCUGCUCUCUGACGCCGGGGGGCCCCCACGACGACCCGCCCCCGCCCCCGCGCGGUGACAGCAAGCCGGGACAUGGCGCGCGGCGGCGGCGGCAGCCUCGCCCACCUGCUCGCCACGCUCCUCCUCUUCCUCCUGCUCGCCACGCCACUCGCCGUCGGAGCUUCCGAGGCAGAGGUGGACCUCGCGCCGGCAGAGGGCGUGUCCGAGGCGGUGGCGCCAGACGCGGACGCGCAGCAGCAGCACCUCCUGCCGCGGCCGCUCGUCAUCGAGCUCCCGUCGGCGAGGGCCGCGGAGCCCGACGCCGACGCCGACGCCGACGCCGUGCCGACGGACGUCCGCUGCGCCAGCUGGCGGCUCGCGGCGGAGGCCAACAACCUCGCGCCAUGGAAGGCGGUGCCGCCGGAGUGCGUGCCGCACGUGCGGGACUACGUCACGGGCGCCGCCUACCGCUCCGACCUCGAGCUCGUGGCGCGGGAGUCCGCCGCCUACGCGCGCGCGGCCUUGCCGCUCGGCGACGAUGGACGCGACGCCUGGGUGUUCGACGUCGACGAGACGCUGCUCUCCAACCUCCCCUACUACGCCGACCACGGAUACGGGGCCGAGUUGUUCGACCACCACAGGUUUGACGAGUGGGUGGAGAGAGGCGAGGCGGCCGCCAUCCCCUCGAGCUUGAAGCUGUACAAUGAGGUUCGCGAGCUGGGCUUCAAGACCUUCCUGCUCACGGGCAGAAGCGAGGGCCACCGAGGCGUCACGGUGGAGAACCUCAACAAGCAGGGGUUCCAUGAUUGGGAAAAGCUCAUACUCAGGGCAGCAGGUGACCGCAAGAAAACGGCGACAGUCUACAAAUCAGAAAAGAGGAAAGAAAUGGAAGAAGAGGGUUACAGGAUCCUAGGCAACUCUGGCGACCAAUGGAGCGACCUGCUGGGAUCUUCCAUGAGUGCUCGCUCUUUCAAGCUCCCUAACCCAAUGUACUAUAUCCCGUGACACAAACUGAAAAACAGGGCGGGUGAAAGGUGCUGUGUUUAUUGGAGGCACAUUCUACCUGGCCCAAUUGAAACAUAGUGUUGACUGAUGAUGGAAAAUGAAAAUAAUUUCGCAAUGGAAUUUAAAUUUAAACUGUACAAAUGCUACACUAACUUCGUGUAGUAUAUACAUUACCUGUAAGUUCGACUGUAAAACGAUGACAUGGGAAGAGUUCUAUGAAUAAUUGGUGGCUUCAGGGAUAUAUCAGGCCUUGUUCAGUUGCCGAAA